AAUCAAACAGGUUCUAUACAAUAUGUGAAAGAGUAAUCUAGUCGUCUUAUCAGGGUGAAUUAUUAACAGAUUACAUUUCCUCUGCCAUAAUCAGCUUAUUCUAUCAUAAGCUACAUUAACGACUAUCAACCUCUGUUCGGAAAUGAAUGUUCUAGUGCGAUCGAUUUUACUUCUCGUCUUGAUCGACACCAGCUGGGCGACAUAUUCCAUUUGUGCAGAUCCCCGCACAUCCGGAGGAGCCACUCAUUUCCCUCACCCUACUAACUGUGCUAAGUUUAUUAUGUGCAACUGGGGUCAACCGAUGGAACAUGACUGUCCAAGCGGUACUUUGUGGAACGAUUUUGUGAAAACCUGCGAUCAUGCGCGGAAUGUGAGGUGUAGAAGUGGGCAACUGCUGAAUUCGGUCGUUCCAGAAAAUCAUCCAAAUAAUCCAAACUGUCCCAGAGUAGUAAACAUGCACAGGCCGGUGUAUGCGCCUCAUCAGGAUUGCUCCAAGUUUCGUGUAUGUACUGCGAUGGGAACACAGGAGAUGCAGUGCAAUCCAGGAUUCAAUUGGAAUGCGAUUUCAAACCGUUGCGAAUGGUCUGGUACAACAGCUGUAAUUCCAAAUAGUCCGAUUCACAUUCGACCAACACCUUUACCGACAACAACGUCAAGACCUUCGACAACAACUCCUGGAAUCUUGCCCACAAGUUGUCCCAGAAUAAUUGAUCAAACCAAGCCGGUGUUCUUACCACACUCCGAGUGCUCCAAAUUUUACGUUUGUACGUUAGAAGGUCCCAUUGAGUUAAAAUGCAAACCCGGUUACCACUGGAGCAUUAGAGCGAACCGCUGUGAGCUACCCUGGGACGCUGGUUGCAUUGACUUCAACGCAAGUCCCUUUUCAACAACGACUCCGAAGGCAUCAAUACCGCAAACAACAACUCAAGCAACGAUUAAAACAUGCCCAAGUCAGGUUGAUCCUGAUGGACAAGUCUUCCUACCGCAUCCAGAUGGCGCAAAGAUGUACAUUUGUUUGCCGGGAAUAGGUCGUGUGGAGUUGCAUUGUCCCGUUGGUAUGCGAUGGAACAAAAUGGGUGGAUGUAUUCCAGUUGAGGGCGCAAGAUCCGACAGCCCACACACCGGUGUCAUACCGAUUAGCCAAUCGACUACCAUUGGUUCCAAUAUAGCCAAUGCUACAGAUGCAUCUACGAAACCUGAUGAAGCAAUUGGCACUGAUGUGCCCAUAUUCGGAUAAAUGCUUUCGAUGUAACUCAUCAAUGAACUAGUUUAACAUUGAGUUUAAUCCCAAAUUUCAAAAUCUUGAGUUUAACUUAGUACAUAGUAAAAAAUUCUUUUACCAAUAUAAAUUGUAUCAGCUCUCCAGCGUCCCGACAAGAGUUCGUAGGGUAGAAGUAACGGAAUUGGCCGGCCUCAGAGAAAAUAUUUUUGAAAAAUAUAUAGACCGCCAAACAUGUACAGCAAAACGCUAAA